UUGCUGCCCAUCUACAUGAAGGAGGUACUGCAUUUGUCGGAUGUACGAAGUACACUGUAUUCGGCGCUGCCACUACUCGCUCUAUGGAUCAGCAAAAAUCUGUCAUCGUCGCUGUCGUCCUUCCUGAGCACCUGCAAAAGCGGGCACUGCUUACUUCGCCAAACUACACUAGUGAAAUUGUUCAACGGAGUUGCCUCGACAGGCUUGGCGCUCGGCCUCAUCACAGUACCGCUCCUGCGACGUAGCAUCCCCGCUGUUGCUGCUGUAUGUGCCGCAAAUGCUUUCGCUGGUAAACCAUUUUAUUAUUUGAAGGUGCUUGUGCCAGAGUAG